AUAUUCGGACAUCACAGUGUUCUAGACAAAAUAUAGCUGAAGCUGAUUCAUCAGAAUCGAGAGAUUCUCUACUCUACACCCCUUUAAAUUGAAUCACCGUCGCCGCUGUCGGUGUCGGUGCCGGGAAACAUGACCUCAAAAUCUACGGCGCGCCGCCGCCGCCGGAUUUCCGUGCCUCUUCUCCUCAUCCUGAUCGCGAUAUCCACCAUUUUCGGCCUCCUCACCACGGAUCUCAGGUCGAUUGAUCCGUCGCCCAAGCUCCAGAUUAGGAACAAGGCGUCGGAGAUCUUCGUGGAGGAGGCGUUUCCAGCUAAUUCGACGGCGGAUAAGGUGGAAGGAGCUGAGGGCGGGAGGAAAUGCGCGACGGUGGAAGAGAUGGGAGAUAUCUUCAGCAGAGGCUAUGCGGAGGAGAGUAUUAGAGUCAGAACAUUGAUUCAUCACCACUUCCAAACCAACGGUGCCUCGAGGGUGCGAAAUCUCCCUCCCGAGCAAUUCUGCAACCACGGCUUUGUGAUUGGGAAAGCAUCGGAAGCCGGUUUGGGAAACGAGUUGUAUAAGAUACUUACUGCUGCUGCGUUGAGCGUGAUGCUGAACCGGUCAUUGAUAAUCGGCCAAACCAGGGAUAAGUACCCUUUUGGCGAUUACAUCUCCUACUCCAACGUAACAUUUACAUUAAAAGAAGUGAAACAUUUGUGGAGACAUAAUCGUUGUCUGACAAAAUACAAAAGGCACUUAACGAUGAGGAUUGACGAUUUCCAGAAGCCAACACGAACAGAUGUUCUCUGUAGUAACUGGAGAGAAUGGGAGCAACCUAUCAUAUGGUUCCAGAACACGACGGAUGCUGUGGCUGCCCAGUUUUUCUUGAAGAACGUACAUCCCGAGAUGAGGGACGCUGCCUCGGAUUUAUUUGGAAGGCCGGAAAAUCUUCAGUACCGAGCUAAUGUGUUCGGUGAGAUUAUGAGGAUCCUGAUUUCUCCUUCGAGAGAUGUGGAAAAUGCAGUAAGUUGGGCUCUUAGUGGCGGGAGCGAUCCGGAUAUAGUACUCCACAUGCGGAUGAUGAUGAAUAGAUCGGUUAGAGCAAUGCAGGCGGCGGUGGAUUGCCUAAGGAAAGCUCUCCUUAAUCUUCCAAUUUUAUCGAAACCAAAAAUUGUCUUGGUUUCUGAUACCCCUUCCAUGGUGAAAAAUAUUGCAAUAACUUUAGAAGAAUUUGCAGAGGUCAUACACUUCGAUUAUGAAAAGUUCGAAGGAAAUAUUUCAGGUAACUCAAAGUCAAGCAUCAUGAAUUUCAGAACAAAGGACUGGGGUCCCGCACCUAGAUGGGUGGCCUUUGUCGAUUUCUUUCUGGCAUCACGCGCUAAACAUGCCGUCAUUUCUGGAGCUCACCGACGUGUUGGGACAACGUAUGCUCAGCUGAUCGCAGCACUUGCAGCUGCAUACCGACUAGAUGAGAACUCGUCUCUAAACUCGAGCAUCACGUUCCUUAGCAGCUUCCAAAGUCCGUUGCUUUUGGAGGGUUUGAAGAGACAGAUCGGGUGGGGGCACGUGUGGAACCGAUUUGCUGGGCCCCUAAGCUGUCGUGGGCAGCCUCGCCAAUGCGCUCUAACACCUAUUCUUCCAUCGGCUUGGUGGGACGGGCUUUGGCAGUCGCCCAUCCCACGAGAUGUGCAAAGGAUGGAAGCGUACGGCAUGAAGCUCUCGGGCUUUGGGACGUCCGAUGACAGCCGCCUCAGUAGAUUCUGUAAGUCGCGGACAAAUUCUGUUGUAGUAACUCGACUCAUCUAGGCAUGCGAUUCUCUGCAGCCAUAUUUUUGUUUUAUUUUUUUUAUUUGAUCUUCAUUUUUGUUGUGCUUUUAUUAAUUCAUUCAUUUACGGUAAUUGUAGAACACAAUGCAUAUCUGUAUCUGGCUCUAGAAGUCAACUUGUAGGCUGUAGCACGAUAAAUAUUUAAGUUUCUAACAUUACAUAUAUACUAGUAUUAAAUUACUAUUAAA